AAAAGCUAUUUAGACAAUCUCAUGGAUGAAAAUGAGAAAGACAGGGCAAAGAGGGCUUCCCGUAACAAGUCUGAAAAGAAGAGACGUGACCAAUUCAAUGUUCUCAUCAAAGAGCUCAGCUCCAUGCUUCCAGGCAACACCCGUAAAAUGGACAAAACUACAGUGCUUGAAAAAGUCAUUGGCUUUCUGCAGAAACACAAUGAAGUCUCAGCACAGACAGAGAUUUGUGAAAUUCAGCAAGACUGGAAGCCUUCGUUUCUCAGCAAUGAAGAAUUCACCCAGCUGAUGUUGGAGGCAUUAGAUGGCUUCCUUAUAGCAGUCACCACAGAUGGAACCAUUGUAUAUGUUUCUGACAGUAUUACACCUCUACUUGGACAUUUACCCUGUGACGUCAUGGAUCAGAAUUUGUUAAAUUUCCUCCCAGAACAGGAACAUUCAGAAGUUUAUAAAAUAUUAUCUUCUCGUAUGCUUAUGGCAGAUUCUGCCUCAUCAGAUUCCCUAAAGACUGACAAUGAUUUAGAGUUUUACUGUCAUCUUCUGAGAGGAAGUUUGAACCCGAAGGAAUUUCCAACAUAUGAAUACAUAAAAUUUAUAGGAAAUUUUCGGUCUUACAGCAAUGUGCCUAAUUCCACUUGUAACUGCUUUGAUGGUGCUGUUCCACAGGCUUACAGAACAUCACUAGGAAAACAAGUCUGUUUUGUUGCUACUGUUCGACUGGCAACACCUCAGUUUUUAAAGGAAAUGUGCAUAGUUGAAGAACCUUUAGAGGAAUUCACUUCAAGACAUAGUCUGGAAUGGAAAUUUUUAUUUCUGGAUCACAGAGCGCCGCCUAUUAUAGGAUACUUGCCUUUUGAAGUGCUGGGUACUUCUGGCUAUGAUUAUUACCACAUAGAUGACCUAGAACUCUUAGCAAGGUGCCAUGAACACUUGAUGCAGUUUGGCAAGGGAAAGUCUUGUUGUUACCGGUUUCUGACCAAAGGACAGCAGUGGAUCUGGCUGCAGACCCAUUACUAUAUCACCUACCAUCAGUGGAACUCCAAGCCAGAGUUCAUUGUAUGCACACACACCGUAGUAAGUUAUGCAGAUGUUCGAGUGGAAAGGAGACAAGAACUGGCCUUGGAAGCUGCACCCUCACAAGUUGUUUCUUCAGCACUAAAGGACAGUGGCUUAGACUUGAAUGCCGAACUGCACUUUAAUGCGCUUGAAAUAGGCGUCUCAGUUCUCAACACUAGUCGGACACCCUCUGUAUCAUCUAGAAGCUCACGCAAAUCUUCCAACACUCCCAUGUCUGACCCUGCAUCCACACCAACAAAACUGAUCACAGAGUCUAACGUUCCCUCCUUGCAAAGAACACCCAGCAUACAGCAGGAUUCAUCCAUGCAAAGACUCAGUCAACCUGUCACUAUUCAGGCGUCUUUGCCUUCUCAGCCAUCACGUGAGCUUCUCCCACAGCAGCUGCUGGCCCAAGCAGCUUUGCAAAAUCAGCCUACAUCUAUGGCACAGUUCUCGGCACAAUUUAACAUGUUCCAGACUAUCAAGGAACAGCUGGAGCAGCGAACUCUGAUCCUGCAGGCCAACAUUCGGUGGCAGCAGGAAGAGCUCCAUAAAAUACAGGAACAGCUCUGCUUGGUCCAGGAUUCCAGUAUACAGAUGUUUUUACAGCAGCCAACAGUGUCCCUGAGCUUUAGCAAUAUACAGCAGCCAGAUCCUCAGCAGCUACAGCAGAGGUCAAGGGUCAUUUCUCAGCAGCAGCUUAUCCCCAGUCCUCAACUUCAAGGGCAAAUUGCAUCUUCCCAACCAGCAAACCAGCAAAUAUUAAGAGAAGCAAAUGUGGUAUCAAGCCAGGCUGUGAACAUGGCUCCAUCUGCUGCUAUAGCACAGGAUAGCAACCAGUGUCAUGCUAGUCCAGAUUUCAGCCAGGACCGACAACUGAGACUGUUGCUCAGCCAGCCUAUUCAGCCAAUGAUGCCUGGCUCCUGUAAUUCAAGACUCGCUUCAGAUAUCAGUGUGGCUGGACGCCAGGCUAAAUAUUCUCAAAACCAACAAUUGUUUCAAAGUCUGGAACUGCAAACUUCCAGCAGCAGUUCACCUAUAGUGCUGAUGGGACAGGCAGUGUUACAUCCAGGGUUUUCUGCAUCACAGCCUUCUCAGACAUCAUCUCUGCAACCUAUGCAACUCCAGCAACAGCAGCAGCAUUGCUACCUUCAGGUGCAGACACCAAGUCCUUUACACAGUGAGCAACCCAAUUCUUUGCUCCUGCCGUCCUACUCACAGCAGCAAGGAAAUAUAGGAUACCUUCAUACACAGCAGCAGCCACUGCCACUUGCUUCAAGAAGAACCUGUAGCUUGUCAGAAUCAUCAAAUCUACCACAGCCACUAUGAUAGAGUCCCACACCAGCAGAAUCAAUGCACGAUUAGCUAUAACCAAUAGACCUGUGGGGCAGGAGAGAAGAAAUGACUGAACCUACAAUUUUGACUUUUGCACAUGCAUUCAUUUCAAAGCUCCAUGGCAGUAGCAGACCAGAGUGCGGCCUGCAGCAGACAAUGCAACAGAAAAGGAGUUGGAUUCAGUUUGCACUGUUUCAUGACAAUAUUAUGUAUCAUCAGGCUGAGUAAA